AUGGAGGACUGGUCAUUCAUCAUCUGCAUUGUCUUUCUGCUGCUCCUUGGCACGAUUCCAGCACUUGUUCUCGGCAGUUACCAAGCGCAGCGGAAGGCACUCUCCGCCCCCGCCAGCGGUCCGCGAAUCCCAGCAUGGACAGCUCCUGUUCAGGCCGCAAUGAGCAUCGGCGCUUGGUGUGCUGCCACGGCAUUCGGCAUUAUCGCGACUGUUGCAUCCCAACAAAACUGCAUCGUAACGAACGGCAAUAGUGAGGUUUAUGAAGAGGUCGCUCAUUCGCGUACUGCACUGUUCGCGGCCAUGUUGCUGAGCCAAGGGUCUUUGGAGCUCAAUGCUGUGGUUCUGCACGCGAUUGGCAAGUUUGGCCUUUUGUGGAAAUAUGCCGUGUCAGUGGCGAUAUGUGCAGGCGUCGCGAGCAUCAUACUCGUGAGCUUGCCAAUGGCCUCAACAGUCUUCCCCCAGAGUCUCAACAUUCCAUCGACGUUCAUCGUUAUUCGCAGUCUGCUCUCUUCAGGUCUACACCUCACAGCAAUCGACAUGGCCACGUCUCGCGCAGCGUAUUCAGUACUGGUCGCAUUUGAACCUCCGACUGCGUCCCCCGAAGGAACCAACGCUUGGGAGCAAUACUUCAAGUCCGAAAUACUGGACAAGUGGACGACCUCCUACUAUGAAUUGUCUCUGGCAUUCACCUGGGAGGAGAGACAAGGGCACGGCGUAUUUACUCCCGUUGGUCGUUACGACCUGGCGCAGCUUCCCAGAGCGGUAAAUACUUUGUACGGCCUUCUACAGAGUAAAGGAUUCACAAUGACCCGUAAUAUGAUGGGUACCCGAUUUGAUCCAUGUGCGGAUGCCACUCCUGGGACACAAACCCCUGGACCAUGGGUCUUCGAUCCUCGAUAUGGACGGUACGGGCGCGUGGAGGGUGGAGUCUGGGUUUGGGCACGGGCACCAUGA